AUGGAACAGAAGCUCAGUCCUGCAGACCAAGUGGUCAUAUCACAGGGAAAAAGCCACCUCCUGGACAAUGCAACCAAGAGAAUGACAAAGCCCUACACCACAUACAAACGUUCACCUCCAGUGUCUGGAAAUACUAAGGCAGUUCUCACCUUAAACAGUUUCCAAAAGGAUGGAGAUGGCGGCGGGCCAUCAGAAUGUGACAACCAGUACCACUCUGAUGACACACCAGUCGUGGCAUUGUCAACAGGAUGGUACAGUGGAGGAAGCAGGUGCCUCAACAACAUCAAAAUAAGUGCUAACGGGCGGACUGUGACUGCUAUGGUUGUCGAUGAGUGUGAUUCCACUAUGGGAUGCGAUGAGGACCAUGAUUAUCAGCUUCCAUGUCCUAACAACAUCGUUGCUGCCUCUAAAGCUGUGUGGAAAGCAUUGGGUGUGUCCGAGGAUAACUGA